GUGCUGGGCUGGCUGGGCGCCAUGCUGAGCUGUGCGCUGCCCAUGUGGCGCGUGACGGCUUUCAUCGGCAGCAACAUCGUCACGUCGCAGACCAUCUGGGAGGGCCUGUGGAUGAACUGUGUGGUGCAGAGUACCGGCCAGAUGCAGUGCAAGGUGUACGACUCGCUGCUGGCACUGCCACAAGACCUGCAGGCAGCUCGCGCCCUCAUCGUCAUCUGCAUUAUUGUGGCCGCAUUGGGCGUGCUGCUGUCCAUUGUGGGGGGCAAGUGCACCAACUGCGUGGAGGAUGAAAGCGCUAAGGCCAAGACCAUGAUUGUGGCUGGUGUGGUAUUCCUGCUGGCUGGCUUGCUGGUGAUGGUUCCUGUGUCUUGGACGGCCCACAACAUCAUCCGUGACUUCUACAACCCACUGGUGGCCUCUGGACAGAAGCGGGAGAUGGGUGCAUCACUGUACAUCGGCUGGGCCGCCUCAGGCCUGCUGCUGCUCGGGGGAGCCUUGCUCUGCUGCAACUGCCCACCUCGUACCGACAAGCCCUACUCAGCCAAGUAUUCUGCCGCCCGGUCCGCAGCAGCCAGCAACUAUGUGUAAGGUGCCUCUGCUCAGCUCUGGAAUUCUGGCUUUGUUUUUUCCUGGACUGAACUCAGCGCAGCCUGUGACCCCAGGACAGUCUGGCUGUUGGGGACUGGGCAAACAGGAGACUAAGCCAGGCUGUUGGUCAGCAGUCCUCAGCUCCUUCUGGCCCAUCUAGGACACCUUCCUAAGGCCUCCUCCCACGAGCAAGAAUGGAUGCCGCCACCCUCCUCUGAAUGGCUGUGGGUACAGGGGAGAGGUGGUGAUGGGACAGCUGGCUUCUGCUGGCCAGGACAGCUUGACCCUGACCAUAGGCUCUCUGCCCAUGCCAGUCUUUGCUACCAUCCCAAUUUGACCUUCCCUACCCCCUCUGCAUGCAUCUUUGGAGACUCUAGCUCCUCUGCUGCUGUUUGUCCUAUUCUCAGGCACUCCUGUGCGACUGGGUGGGACAGUGAGUGCUGCCUAGGCUGUGCAUUGCCUGUGGCAAUUUGUGGCCAUGAGUAUGGCUGGGGCCUUACCCACCCACCUUCCAUGGAGUGCAGAGUGGAUGGACAGGUUUUGCGGGGGAAGGAUGAAGGUGGUCCAAACUGGUUUGGGGGUGGUGGCGGAGGGAGUCAGAGAAGCAACCCAGGCACCCCCAACCCUUCCAGCUCCUGCUCUGCUGCCUCAGGACCCACCCACCUAGUAGGAGGACCCUGGGCCCUUGAGACUGUCCCCUCGGAAUCUUCUGCCCUGCCAAGGACACUGGCCAGCUUGGGGAGGGCAGGAGGGAGGGGAGAAUAGUCCUACUCCAGGAAAUCCCAGGGUUUUCCCUGCCUUCUAUGUGGUUUCUGUUUUGUAAUUUAAGAUCUAUUCAUCACUGUAAUUAUUAUUAUUUUCUACAAUAAAUAGAACCUGUGCACAGGAA